AAAAAUUUGGCAAAUGGUAAUUCUAUUUCUUGAAUGGCCCUUGUUGUAUUUGACCAAGCAAUAUUUUCCUCUCAGUUCUUCUAUAGAAUAAUCGUUAUCUUGAUUUUGUUUGGAUUAAUGUCUACUUUUGUUUAAUUAUAUAUUUUUUUCUUUGUUGUCUACUAUAUUCACCAUUGAGUGUUUAGUCAACCCGUCUGAUAACUUUUCCGUGUUUCCAGGUAGCUGAUAUUUAAUACUUUCCCCUCUGCAUUUUUAUGUACUCUUUCGAUUUGGGUUUUGGAGAGGUGUUUUGGGGCUUAUGAUAUAAUGAGGGUUAUUUUCAGGCGAUUCGUCUGUGAUUUUAGUGAAAUUCUUCCAGAAAUGGAUUGCUGAAAUAGAGAAAGGUCCGGGGGUGUUGUUCAGAUCAGAUGUCAACAUAGAUUCUUGAUUACCUGCUCGUGAUUUUGGAGGAAUCUUUUGUAUUUCAUUCUCCAAAUUUAGGAUUUUGUGUUUGUUCCAAUCCUUGUCAGCAACUAGGUGUUUUCCAGUGGUCUUGAGAGUGGUGUUCGACUUAUUUUUAGCAUGGAGCCUCUUUGGAAGCUUGCAUAUUUACUUGAACCGUCUUCACUCACCCUCUUUGUCACAGCCAUAGUAGUGUCAUAUGCAUCUGCUUCUAGAGCUCUGAAUUACGGAAAGGAAAUGGAGCGGAACCGUGAUUUAUCUGAAGCUUCCAUUACUCUAGAUAGCUCUCAGGCAUUGAUGAUACCGAUAAUGAGCUCGUGCAGCUUGCUCUUUAUGUUCUAUCUGUUUUCUUCCGUCUCUCAACUUCUGACUGCUUUUACUGCAAUUGCAUCAGCUUCUGCCUUAUACUUUUGCCUUACACCAUAUACUGCUCAAGUCAAAUCGCACUUUGGCCUGCCCGAUCCAUAUGUAUCCCGGUGCUGUGCCAAGUCAUUUACAAGAAUCCAAAGUAUCCUGUUAUUGGUCUGUGUCGCUUUAGUUGUGGCGUGGCUGGUCACAGGGCACUGGAUUUUGAACAAUCUGUUGGGCAUCUCUCUUUGUAUUGCUUUUGUCAGCCAUGUUCGACUUCCGAAUAUCAAGAUAUGCGCGAUGCUCCUUGCCUGUUUGUUUGUGUACGAUGUAUUCUGGGUUUUCUAUUCAGAGAGAUUCUUUGGGGCAAAUGUUAUGGUAUCAGUUGCAACGCAACAGGCGUCUAAUCCAGUACACACGGUAGCUAAUAGUUUGAAUCUUCCUGGCUUACAGCUAAUAACAAGAAAGCUCGAGUUGCCUGUCAAGAUUGUGUUCCCCAGGAAUAUGUUGGGCAGUGCAGUACCUGGAAAUAAUACUUCGGACUACAUGAUGCUUGGUCUUGGUGACAUGGCUAUCCCCUCGAUGCUUUUAGCAUUAGUUCUGUGUUUCGAUCACCAAAAGGGCCGGGAUUCUAAAACUAUCUUGGAUACACAACCUUCAAAGGGAUUCAAAUACUUUUGGCAUGCUCUUGCUGGGUAUGCUGUUGGACUGUUUACUGCCUUGGCAGCUGGCAUCUUGACACGCUCGCCUCAGCCAGCGCUUUUGUAUCUGGUACCUUGUACAUUGGGGCCGAUCAUCAUCCUGUCUUGGAUGAAGAAGGAUCUAGCAGAGUUGUGGGAGGGAACGACGGGAAACCCUAACGAGAAAGCACAUCUCACAGGAGUAUGAGCGGUAGAUCAGCCCUCGGGCUAGAUGUUUGAGUCUACGGAAGUUCAAUGGAGAAAAUUUAGGACUGCAAGUCUUGGUAGUCAACUAGGCUGUCAAAUGAAGUUUAUUUCUUACCUAAUGUCAAUAUUAUCAUACACCAUGAAAAGGGCAAAAUUGCAUUGAAAUUUACCUUUAAAUUUCUGCAGGGAAGAAAAUAUGAUGCUUGUUAUUCUAUCUUA